AUGGCUCUCAUAAAUGUAGAGUCAAAAUAUGUCCGCGGUCGCAUCAAAGCGAUUGUGAUGAAAUCACCAGCUUAUGAUCUCAUAUUAGGCUGCCGAUACGUGUUUCUAGGAACACCACCAUACCCCAGCGUCUCUGCACCUGUUCUCACCAGAUCACAGGUACAAGUGGAAGAAUCUGACUCCCUCAAAGUCAAUACCAUUCCCACUGAGAUUAGGGAAGCUCAGAAGCAAGACCCCUCGCUUCAAAAAUAUCUUAGGUUCGCCCAAGAAGGUGAACCCGCCCUUGGCAAGGCACAAUUCUUCUUUAAAACAGGGCUAAUAUAUCGACGAGGUAAAGAACCAGAUGCCUGCAACCAGCUGGUUGUGCCCAAACCAUACAGGGAGCAGGUUAUGCAAACAGGUCAUGCCUCCUCUUUAAGUGCCCAUCAAGGUCAGAGCUCGACCCUCAACAGGAUCCGAUUCCAUUACUUCUGGCCUGGCAUGACCGAAAACAUCAAACGAUAUGUCGCCUCAUGUCCACAGUGCCAAAAGUUGUCACCAAAGAAUCGCAUUCCGCCCGUUCCUCUGGGAAAAACCCCUUUGAUCGAAUUUCCGUUUAAACGAGUAUCUGUGGACAUACUUGGUCCUCUACCCCGCACGAAGAAAAGAAACGCCUACAUUCUUUGUGUCAUAUGUCAAGCAUCAAGAUGGCCAGAGGCCGCCCCUUUGUCAAGCAUAGACUCUAAACAUGUGGCUGAAGCUCUGUUCAAUAUGUUCACUCGGAUAGGCUUUCCCGAAGAGAUAUUAACAGACAAUGGUUCUCAGUUCACAGGGAAGUUAAUGAAGGAGGUGUAUGCUCUCUUUAAUGCAAAACAUCUCCGGUCUUCGGUAUACCACCCCCAAGCAAAUGGUCUUGUAGAACGGUUCAAUCACACUUUGGUAACGAUGCUUAAACGCCUCAUCGAUGAUAAACCAGAAGAGUGGGACACUUACCUACCUGCUGCUUUAUUCGCAUACCGAGAGGUACCUCACGCCAGUCUAGGGUAUUCGCCAUACCAGAUCAUCUUUGGAUCUCAUCCCCGUGGCCCACUAGAAAUCCUAAAACAAACUUGGACCAAAGAUCAACUCAACGAUGAAGUCAAAACGGUAUCCAAAUAUGUGAAGGACCUCCAAGAAAGGCUUCAAGACAUACGGUCCCUGGCUAGAAGCAACCUCAUCAAGGCACGUAAGAGACAAGAGAAAUACUACAACAGGAGGGCUAAAGAACGGUCACUCAAUGUCGGAGAUAAGGUUCUCUUAUUACUGCCCAAGAACACAAACAAGUUACAGAUUUGUUGGCAAGGCCCAUUCGAGGUGAUGAAAAAGGUAUCGCCCACCAACUACGUCAUUAAAGUCGGUCGCAAGGAGAUGUCUUAUCACGUGAACCUCCUCAAGCAGUACUUAGAGAGGCCUUCACAAACGGACCCUCCCCGAGACUUGAUGGCUAUAGCGGUGGCAGAGGAUGUGAAAGAACCCAAAGACCUAGUGGAGUACCCCCUCCAUGCAGUGGAGACACACGAGAACGUCACCAUUAGUCCACAGCUAGACGCCGAGCAAACGGCCGAGGUCAAAUCUAUGCUGGGGGAGUUCCAUGACGUCUUGUCGGAUAAGCCUGGCAGAACAUCGCUUGAGCGGUUUUCGAUGAAGCUGUUAAGUGAUGAGCCCAUAAAAGUAAAGGCCUACCCUUUACCUCACGCCAAAUCUGAGGUCAUCAAACAAGAGGUGGAAGAGCUUCUAAAAGCUGGAAUUAUAGCGCCUUCGGUCUCUCCAUACAACGCUCCAGUGGUGCUAGUUCGGAAGCCAGAUGGAGGCCAUCGCAUGUGCAUUGAUUUUUUUCGACGCCUCAAUGCAGUGGCUGAAUUCCAAGCGGAGCCUCUUCCAGACCCAGCCACAAUUUUUGCCAACUUAAGUCACGCUAGAUAUUUUAGCAAAUUUGACUUAAGCCGAGGGUACUAUCAAAUAGAAGUUGAGCCAGAAUGCAGACCUUUGCUAGCUUUUAGCACCCCACAAGGGCACUAUGAAUUUCAAACGGUCCCCUUUGGUCUGAAUAACUCGUCUAGCGUGUUCACGCGUAUGAUGAGAAAGCUAUUAGCUCCCAUCGAAAGUCCAGGCAUCCAAAAUUUCAUAGAUGAUAUUCUGAUCGCCACGGAGACCUGGUCCGAACACAUAGCUCUCAUCUCCUCCCUCUUGCUAAGGCUCUGCGAGACGGGUCUGACUGCUCGGCCCUCCAAAUGUCUCAUCGGUUUCACAAGACUCAAGUUCUUGGGCCAUGUCAUUCAAGAAAACCAGCUCAUGCCAGACGAAGAAAAGGUUGCUCAAUUACUUGAGGCUCCCAAGCCAAUCACAAAAACUGGAGUGAGAUCAUUCCUCGGGAUGUGUGGUUACUAUCAAAAAUUCAUCCCACACUUCAACUCUAUCGCUGCCCCACUGUCAGAUCUAACAAAAAAGGAUCGACCAGACAAGGUGACAUGGAAUGAGAAAUGUGAGCUCGCAUUCCAACGACUCAAGGAAUGUUUCACUUCAUCACCAGUGCUCAAGCUACCUGACCUGUCCCGCACUUUCGUGUUCAGGACAGACGCCAGUGGCUCUGGCCUGGGUGCAGUUCUGAUGCAAACUGCCGAAGGAUCCGGUGACACACUUUUCCCAGUAGCUUAUGCAAGCCGUAAGCUGAACCAGGCAGAAUCCAACUACGCCACAAUAGAGCUAGAAUGCCUGGCACUGGUGUGGGUGAUAGAGAAAUUCCAGGCAUUCUUAUAUGGAAAGCACUUCACUCUGCAAACUGACCACAAGCCGUUAUCUUACUUAUCCUCCAGCAAGCACCUAAAUGCCAGACUUAUGAGAUGGUCUUUGCUAUUGCAACCAUACUCCUUCCAGGUUGAACAUGUUCCUGGAAAUGAAAAUGCAGCGCCUGAUUUCCUCAGUCGUCACUGCGUUCUUGAGCCCACAGGCCUCAAUGGGUACCACCCCUCAGUAAAUUUAAACAAUUAG